AUGGCUUCCCAUCUUAAGCUGUAUCUCUUUGGAGAUCAAACCUUUGAGAUCCAGCCUCACUUGAAGACUCUGUUUCAGAAGCGCGACAAUCUCUUCCUCCAAGACUUUCUGAGCAAGGCCUAUCAUGCGAUCCGAGUCGAGCUUUUCAAGGUUCCCUAUAGCAUUCGGAAAGAUCUUCCCCGAUUCACCUGUCUUGAAGAUCUUCUUCUUUGGGAUCAAAGUGGUCAACGAUGUAUCGCUCUCGACAUGGCCAUGACCACUCUUUACCAACUUGCGACGUUCAUCAGCCAAGCAGGUAUUUCGUCAUAUGAUGCACAGAGUACAAGGGUCGUUGGUCUCUGUACAGGUGCUUUUGCAGCUGCAGCUAUUAGUUGCAGUAGUUUCACAGCAGACCUCAUCCCCAUGGCCGUAUACGCAGUCGUUACCUCUUUCAGAACUGGCUUGCUUGUUACUGAUACUGCUCGAAGGGUUGACCCUUCGCAGAACAUGGAUCAGAGCUGGGCACUCCUAGUUCCAGGACACAAAGCGUCUGCUGGUGUUGAAGACUUUUGUAAUGAGCAUGAUCUCCCUUUGACAAGCAGACCUUACAUAAGCGCAUACGCUCCUAAUGGCAUCACCGUCAGUGGCCCACCACAGCGCCUCGUUGAACUUGCACAAUACUUGUCCACCAAGAGUAUCACGUCCAAGAGUAUCCCAAUCCAUGGCGCUUACCACGCACCUCAUCUGUACUCCCAGGAGAAUGCGCGAGGGAUUAUCGCGAAUUUGAUGCUCAACAAAGCCACAGCCCUUUCCGAGCAGAUCCCUCUUCUGUCUGGCACAGGUUUCAAGCCCGAGGAGCGCAGUUUCGCUACACUCCUAGAAGACGCUGUUGCUCAAGUUUUGCUUCAUCCUCUUCGCUGGACUUCCAUCUUUGAAGAUGUGAAAGCUUCUUUGGAAGAUACUUCUUCUGAGAAGUUCACUGUUGUGCCAUUUGGUACCAACGCUGAGCACUUGAUCUACACUGCUCUCAAGAAGACUUCUCUACGCUCACUUGUCCCUGAUACCACGAUCCCAAACCAGAAGAUCACUCUCGAUAGCAUCCCUGACUCGGGAACCGGGAAGCCAAAGCUUGCCAUUGUUGCCAUGUCAGGUCGCUUCCCCGGCGCCAAGGACAACGAAGCAUACUGGGAUCUUCUGUACAAAGGCCUAGAUGUUCACAAGCCAGUUCCAAACCUUCGCUGGGAUCAGAAGACUCACGUCGAUCCAACUGGAAAAAACAAGAAUACUGGCGCUACCCCGUUUGGUUGUUGGCUCGAUGACCCUGGCCAAUUCGACGCCCGCUUCUUCAACAUUUCUCCUCGUGAGGCUCCUCAGGUUGAUCCCUCUCAGAGACUUGCCCUCAUGACAGCCUAUGAAGCAAUUGAACAAGCCGGUAUAGUCCCAGACGCCACUCCCUCUACUCGUCCUGAUCGUGUUGGUGUCUUUUACGGUGUCACCAGCAACGAUUGGAUGGAAACGAACAGCGCGCAGAACAUAGACACGUACUUCAUACCUGGUGGCAACAGAGCUUUCAUCCCGGGCCGCAUCAACUACUUCUUCAAGUUCAGCGGCCCCAGCUAUGCCAUCGACACAGCGUGUUCGUCGAGUCUGGCAGGUAUCCAUCUCGCUUGUAAUGCUCUAUGGCAGAACGAUGUCGACACCGCCAUCGCAGGUGGAACAAAUGUUCUGACGAACCCUGAUUUCCACGCCGGUCUUGAUCGCGGACACUUUCUGUCGCGCACGGGAAACUGCAAGACUUUUGACGAUGGCGCUGAUGGGUAUUGUCGAGGUGAGGGUGUCGCGACAAUUAUCAUCAAGAGGCUCGAUGAUGCGCUUGCUGAGAAUGAUCCCAUUCUGGGCGUUGUACUUGGCGCGUACACGAACCAUUCGGCCGAGUCGGAGAGUAUCACCAGACCCCAUGUCGGAGCUCAGCGGGUCAUCUUUAACAAGAUCCUUAACGAGGCGGCUGUUGAUCCCUAUACUGUCAGCUAUGUUGAGAUGCAUGGAACAGGCACUCAAGCGGGCGACGCAACAGAAAUGUCGUCUGUCCUAGAGACAUUCGCACCGCCAGUCUCGGACACCAAACUCGCUCGCGCAAACACUCAGAAGCUGUACAUCGGUUCAGCGAAAGCCAAUAUUGGCCACGGAGAAGCCGCCUCUGGUGUAUGCAGUGUCGUCAAAGUCCUUCAGAUGAUGCAGAAGAACACCAUCGUCCCACACUGUGGUAUCAAGACCAAGAUCAACCAUCGUUUCCCAACAGACUUUGAAGAGCGUAAUGUUCGGAUCGCAUUUGAACCUACGCCUUGGGAAAGAAUCAGUCUUGACAUUCCCAGACGAGUCAUGGUGAAUAACUUCAGCGCUGCAGGUGGUAACUCCGCCUUGUUGAUUCAGGAUGCACCGCCCAAGAAGCAACUUACUUCUGGGAAGGACACCAGAGUUCAGUUUCCCAUCGCUUUUACUGCCAAGAGUGGUAUCUCCCUACAGGGUAAUUUGAGAUCAAUGCUCAAGUUCCUUGCUCAGAGUCCUGAUGUCUCUCUUGCUGAACUUUCGUACACGACCACUGCUCGUCGUAUCCAUCAUCAACAUCGGGUUCUGAUCUCAGGUUCUACUCCGAGUGAGAUCUGUAACAAGAUCGAAACUGCUCUUGAGAACAAUACUGGAGUCAAUCGACCAAAGAGUGCACCCAAGAUGGUCUUUUCCUUCACCGGCCAAGGAGCCCAGUACCCAGGAAUGGGAAAGCAGCUCUUUGAAGAGAACACUUUUGUGCGCGAGGAACUUCUCCAAUUGGACCGGAUCGCCCAGAAUCUGGGUUUCCCAUCUAUGUUGCCCUUCAUCCAGUCUGAAGAACAGGAUGUCGCCAAAUUUGCGCCGUCACUAGUCCAACUCGCUAGUGUUUCUCUUCAGAUCACACUGAGCAAGCUCUGGGCUUCUUGGGGCAUUAUUCCGAGCGCUGUUGUUGGACAUAGUCUUGGAGAGUAUGCCGCUCUCAAUGUCUCUGGUGUACUCUCAGACACCGAUACUCUCUUCCUGGUUGGCGGCAGAGCGCAGCUGCUUGAGACCAAGUGCACUCGCGGUACGCAUGCUAUGCUUGUGGUGAAGGGGUCUCAAGAUGAGAUCGCUGUGGCUUUGAAGGGUGUAGAGUAUGAGACUGCUUGCAUCAACUCUCUCAUCGAGACCGUCCUUGCUGGUCCUAAUGAUCAAGUCGCCAAGGUCAAGGAGAUUCUCACUGCAGCGAGUUUCAAGACUACUUUGCUCAAGGUUCCCUAUGCCUUCCAUUCAUCACAACUUGAGCCCGUUGUUUCAGACAUUGAGGCACUAGCAAGCAGGGUGUCAUUCUCGAAACCCAAUAUCCCCGUUCUCUGCCCUCUUGACGGCACUGUGGUGCAGGACUACGAUAUCUUCAGUGCUUCUUACCUUGCAAAGCACUCGCGCCAACCCGUCAACAUGCUUUCCGCUCUUACAACAGCCUAUCGCGACAGCACAAUCAGCGAUCGCCACAUGAUGCUCGAAGUUGGUCCUCAUCCUGCUGUUACGGGUAUGGUGAAGCCCACUCUCGGCCAGCAGAUAACUUGCAUUGCCUCACUCCAACGUGGCAGAGCACCAUGGGAAAUGCUCUCCGCUGCACUCAAGACCCUUUACGAUGCCGGUUCUAGCAUCAACUGGGCUGACUAUCAGAGCAAUUUCCCAGGUUCGCAUUCUGUUGUUGCGCUUCCGGCUUAUAGCUGGGACCUCAAGGACUACUGGAUCAAGUAUGUCAACGACUGGACACUACGAAAAGGAGAUCCUCCCCUGGUCAUCAACAAUGCACCCAAGCUUGAGAGUACCACUAUUCAUCGCGUCGUUGAGGAAGAUGGUGACUCUAACAAGACACACAUUGUUGUCGAGGCGGAUAUUGCUCGCAAGGACUUGAGUCCACUCGUCCAAGGGCAUGAAGUCGACGGUAUCCCUCUAUGUACACCAUCUGUAUACGCAGAUAUUGGUUUGACUCUGGGCAAGUAUCUUCUCGAGAAGUACCAACCUCAAAACAAAGAUAACAUGGUUGUUGUCUCGGACAUGACUGUUUCCAAGGCCUUGAUCUUGCGCGGUGAUGGAUCGAAGCAGCCUAUCCAAGCCCAUGCUGACGCUGACUGGUCGUCUCAAUCCGUGGCUAUCAAGUUUAUGUCUUUUGAUAACAAGGGCAAUCUUCAAGAGCACUCUGCUUGUGUCGUUCGCUUCAAGGACAGAACCCACCAGGAAACCCUCCAAUCUCAAGUCCAGCAAACGAAGCAGAAGAUGCAAACUCUUCGGGAUCAAAUUACAACAGGCGAAAGCGCCCGCUUCAAUCGACCCAUGGCCUACCGCAUGAUCCGCCCUCUUGCGCGUUUCCACGAUGACUACCGUGCCAUCGACGAAGUCGUUCUCAACAGUGAGACUCUUGAAGCAUCCAGCAAGAUUAGCUUCGGAACUGUCAAGCGGGAUGGUGAUUUCCAUACCCACCCUGCCGUCAUCGAUGCCCUCACCCAAUCCUGUGGAUUCGCCAUGAACUGUAAUGAUCAUACCGACAUUGACGUCGAUGUGUACAUGAAUCAUGGUUGGGGAUCUCUAGAGCUUUUUGAGGCACUGGACUUUGAGAAGAAGUACACUACUUAUACGCAGAUGCAUGCUGGUGAUGGUGGACUUUGGUACGGUGAUGUGACCAUCUUUGAUGAGGACAGAGUCGUUGCUUUCUUUGGGCAGAUCGCGAUUCAGGGUGUUCCCCGACGUGUUCUCAAGGUCAUUCUCUCUAUUGAGAGUGGCAAGAAGGGUCAACCUCAACGCCAGGUUCAGGAGAAACCUCAAACCACUUCCAAGCCCUCCACCACACCAUCAUCCAAGCCGACGCAGAACAAGCCAGCAGCCAAGGUUGAGCCUACCAAGUUCUCCACCGCCAUUCGCAUCAUCUCAGAAGAAAGCGGUAUCGAGAUUGCCGACUUCACAGACGGCACCACCUUUUCGGACGUGGGCAUUGACUCCCUCCUUGGUCUCACAAUAUCCGCCCGCUUCCAGGAAGAACUUGACAUCGAUCUUGACUUCAACGCACUCUUCUUCGAGCAUCCCACCGUCAAGGAUCUACGCAACUUCCUUCAAGGUCCAGGGGAAGACGUCAGUGGAAGUUCUUCCUCCGCAGCCAGUGACUCUGGUAGAGAGUCAGACACGACUGGAAGCGCAACUCCUGAACUUCGUGAAGAGUUUGCCAAGUCCAUUGAUGUCGAGUUUGAGCGUGCCCUCGAGAUUAUCUCCGAGGAGAGCGGUGUUGCGCGCGCUGAUUUGGACGACGAUACCAAUUUCGCUGACUGUGGCGUUGAUUCGCUUUUGUCUCUUGUCAUUGCGAGUCGCUUCCAGGAUGCGUUUGACUUGGAUGUUCGGCACGAGCAGUUGUUCAUGGAGUGUCAGACGGUCGCUGAUUUGAGAAGUAUGCUCGCCAAAGAGAUGGGUAUGGUUGAAACGACGCCUACUGCCGCUAUCAGCGAAGCUGUUGAAGUUCCUGCGCCUGUUGUUUCGGAGGCUGUUGCUGAAGAGACCGCUGUUACUCAUAGCGAUGUCUCUGCUCUUGCUUCGCGAGAAAAGGCCAUCACUGAGCUCGUCCACAAGUACUCAGCUGGCUUUUCCGCCCCGACUUCUACUCCUUCUGCCUCACCUCUCAGCAAGAACGGCACCGUCGUCCUCGUUACUGGAGCGUCUGGCGGUCUUGGUAGUCAUCUCGUCUACGCUCUCGCUCAACUUGAAGAUGUUCGCACAGUCAUCUGCCUCAAUCGUACAAACAGAGAGGACCCUGAGACUCGUCAGUACAAGGCUAUGAGAGACAAGGGUAUUCGAUUCCCAGAGAAUCUCAAGUCCAAGCUACGAAUCUUCCAGACAGACACUUCAAAGCCUAAGCUGGGACUUUCAGAUAGCGAGUACUCUUCCAUGGUACGUGAUGUAACUCACAUCAUUCACAAUGCCUGGCCCAUGAGCGCCAAGCGGCCUCUCUCAGGUUUUGAGUCUCAGUUCCAAGUCUUUCGCAACCUUCUCGAUCUCGGUCGCGAGUGCGCCUCUGGUCGUCCUGAGGACUUCAAGUUCAGCUUCCAGAUGGUGUCGUCUAUCGGUGUAGUAGGACAAUGGGGUCUGGCAGCUGGUCAAACAGGCAAGAUUGUCGUCCCUGAGGAGAGAGCCACUAUCGAUUCACUUCUCGGUAAUGGCUAUGCCGAAGCGAAAUGGGGUUGUGAGAGAAUGCUCGAUGAGACUCUUCACAAGUAUCCUAACCGUUUCCGCCCUAUGGUUGUUCGCCUUGGUCAAAUCGCUGGAUCCAAGACAAGCGGGUAUUGGAACCCAAUGGAGCACUUUGGAUUCCUCAUCAAGUCAUCGCAGACGUUGAACGCUCUCCCUGAUGUGGAAGGAAACCUGAACUGGACUCCUGUAAACGACAUCGCGGACACUCUGACUGAUCUCGUCUUGUCCGAUCAAGCUCCUCGUCCGAUUUACCAUAUCGAUAAUCCAGUUGGUCAACAAUGGCGCGACGUCAAUGAUAUUCUGUCCGACGCUUUACGCAUCCCCAACCGAGUCCCAUUCAAACAAUGGCUCGACCUCGUACGAAAGGCACCUCAACAGGAUAACCCCGCCGCUUUGCUCGCAGAUUUCCUUGAAGAUACAUAUCUUCGCAUGGCUUGUGGUGGCCUCGUACUUGAUGUGAAGCAUACCCUCGAGCACUCCAAGUCCCUGGCGGCUGUUGGGCCUGUUUCAGAGACUGUGGUGAGAAAGUACAUUCACAUUUGGAAGGAGAUUGGAUUCUUGAAGACUACUGCGGAGGAUAAGGCGGGAUUUGAGGCUGAACGGAUGAGACUCUGGGGACCUAGAGCGUGA